AUGUGUUGUAGGGAUGAGAAAAAUUCGUCGGAUGUAAAUGCUUUUUGGAAUCGCGACAAUACGGAUAUACUAAGGAAGAGAAAGCUGUGGAAAAUAGAAUCUUCUGACUUGGAUUAUAUACACAUACGGGAUCAACAACUGGAGAAACAAGUUAAGCUUAUUCGAGAUAAUAGAAUCAAGGCCCAAUAUAGCGAGCAGACUCAAAGUCAAUCUUUUGAGACAAAUGCAUCUGUAAUGAACCUUUCAAGUAUUUUAAAUGAUCCAGAAAAGUCUUAUUCUACAAUCGUUCCUAAUGAUGAACUGACUAUUUUGGGUUCCAAUACUUUAGGCCGAUUUCGAAUGUCCAGAUCAAAUAAAACGGACGAGGGCAGAUCACCAAGUAACACCAGAGGAUCAAAUCCAUCCAUAUUUCCUGCCUGGGGUAAUUAUAAUUAUGUUAAUAUUUGGCAUGAAAAAAGGGUUUUUUCCAAAAUGACUUGCAUGGAUUACCUGCAACUAACAACAACUACAUCAUCUAACCAAAGUGAUGAUGUGAAUACGUGCUUCCAACAAACAAAAACUUCAGAAGAUGAGGUUGCGGGAGCUGUAAAGAAAAAAAGCAAGUUGUCGAAAGUGGACUUAAAAGACUUGUUUGAAUCGUUCGUUCGCGAUACAACUGUUAAGUUUGAUAUUCCCAAAGAUAUCAUAGAAUAUCUUCAUGAUUUGCUUGGUGGGGAUAUUGAAAGUGCGUUAUCUAAAGUAGAAAAAUCACUUGAUAAGGACGCACGACCAUUAUUUUUAUGGACAAGGGAAGUUUGUCGACAUUUUAUUUUUUACUAUUAUUACGGUGGCUUGCAAAUAAAAGGUGACGAAAAAACUUGGUCUGCUCAAACGGUCUAUCGCAUUCUUGACUUAUUUUCGAUGUUUUUUGGAGAAUUAACAUCAGGAAUCGCCUUUGGAGAGAUUGUAAAUGAGGCCCACAAAGAUAGAAUUUAUAAUAUAAAUGUUGAUCAAAAACCGGCUAAUUCAAAUAGAGGAAACAAGAAUGAUGCUGUCCUGUAUCAAGAUGAAAACGCCACAAUUAUAUAUGAACAGACCUAUGGACCGACGGAAUUUGAUUUAGCUCACUAUUUGGGGGACCUUACCAAAUUGGCACGUAAUGGAGUGGAUGAUCUGAACUAUUAUUUCAAUCAAUAUCCAAAUUCUUCCAUAACAACAGCAAAAAAAUUCAAAUCUGUCGGAAUACAUGGUUAUAAAUAUUUAAUAUCAAUUUACCUCACUGACCUUAUCCGUAAAAAAACUUAUAGAGUAUACGAGAUAUUUAACUGUAAAAUCCCAACAACUUAUGCGGACCGGUGGUUACUAGUUAAAAUUGCAAAUAUUGGCGUCUAUUUUGAGGCUUUGCUCAAGGAACGACAAUUUGUGAAGGGAGAACUGGGUAAAGAAGACACAAUCAACGAAAAUGGUUCCUGUUGUGUACAGGAUUGGAUAUCAAUUCCGGAUAACACUCCAGAAAAAGGAACAAAAAGAGAUUAG